AUGUGGAAGAACCCCAGCACUGAUGACUCCAGACCCGUGGCCCCCAGUGCUCCCAGUGCCCCCAGCAGCUCCUCCCGCAGCGCCAGCCGCAGGAAGAGGACCAGCUUCUCUAAGGAACACGUGGAGCUGCUGCGUGCCACCUUUGAGACCGACCCCUACCCAGGAAUCAGCCUCCGGGAGAACCUGUCCCAGACCACGGGCCUCCCAGAGUCACGCAUCCAGGUGUGGUUUCAGAACAGACGAGCUCGGACCCUGAAGUGUAAAGGAGCCAAGAAGGCGCUGUGGCAGACUGAUGGUCCAGGUCUACAGGAGGCUCUGCACCCACAGCAUGUUGCAAACCGGGCCAUGCAGACCUCGUCCAGCCCCAGGCUUCCUCAGGGCUGUCCUCCUCCCUACCCACCACAGGUGAAGGAGGAAAUGGAUGAGUCCUGCUUCUUUGACCCGUGCCCCCCGGCUUACCCCACCCCUGAGCAGCACUACGGCUCAGUUUUCGGGCUUCAGCAGGGCAGGCCGAUGAGGGGUGGCUCCAGCCCCACAUUCAGAGGAUACUGGUCUUCCUCUGUCCCCCCACAGUGGUGCCAGUCGCCCAUGGACAUGAGGACCUACAGCUCCAGCUCCAGCUCCAGCUCCAGCCAGGCGUUUAUGUAUCCUGGAUCAACAGACCUACGGACCAGCAUGCCCUGUUCCACCUCCCACCCCUCGUCCACCCCAGACACCCCAGACUCUGGAUACUGGGACAUCCACGUGGACAAAAGCCCCUUGGUGGACGCGCAGUACUCGCAGCUGGAGGAUUCGUGGAGCGGACAUCCGGCGUUGCUUCAACACACCUCGCUGCCUGAGCUGUCUCUGCAGGAGAUUCUGGGCGAGCUGGACGAGGACUGGCUCGGAGGAGAGGGACUGGAUCCUGGUGUGGUCAAACCUGGAUUCUGCUGA